CCCAAUCCCUAUGUAGUCCACUACUUUUGACUAUGGCCCAUACGGCUCGGGUAAAAAGCAGUGCACUAUAUAGGAAAUAGCGUGCCAUUUGGGAUGCACACCAAGUAUCAUUAACCACUCUGCUAUUUCCGAACGAAUGUGAGGAAGCGUGGAUAUUGAGGUUAAUGGACAGGAGGCCAAGAUCACCACCAUUUGGGCACAAAGCUACAAUUCUCAUUAUUGUCCUAUAACCUUUAACCUGGUAACCUCAAUUCGAAUAACAUUCUAUAAUCACUAUGCUACUUUUAUGUAGACCCGACCAGUUGUCUGAGCUCAGUGUAUUUUGUUGAAAUAUCCUAGCAAUGCUUUGAUGGUAACAUGAUUUGGUUGUGAUAAUAAUAGCAGAGAGAGGACCCUGCCUGGCAUCACUGAGCUGUUUAUAACACUUGAGAGAGAUCUAUAGUCUAGUAGACAUACACUCUGGGGAACUGAGAACUUACUCUGGAGCCACUUCUCUACAACCAAAUGAGGUACUUGGAUUUGAAUUGGGCUGAAUUGAAUCAAAGUGAAUUGAGUUGAACUGGAUUGAUUGGACUGAAAUGGACCCUUGCUGAGUAAUCUGGAUUGGAUCAAGGUAUACAGACAGGAUCUCAAUGGGAUGAGCUGCUUGUUGUUUUUAUCAUGGAGAAGACGGGCCUAAUGGAAAUACUCUUCAUUACUUUCAACCACAACGUCACUUUUCUGGGGAAGACAUGGUUGAUCUUGAUGGUGGUCCUGAGGUUACUCAUCCUCCUGUUCUCUGGCUAUCCCCUCUUCCGGGACGAGCAGGAGCACUUUGUGUGCAACACCAUCCAGCCAGGCUGUACCAACGUCUGCUUCGACAGUUUUGCUCCUCUCUCCCUCUUCCGCUUCUGGCUGUUCCAACUGAUCAUGCUCUGUCUCCCUCACCUGAUGUUCAUCUCUUAUAUCAUCCACAAAGUAUCGUCAACUCUCCAUAUCAGAGGGAACUAUUUCUCUGGAAGCAGAAGUCAGACCGGAGCAAGCACUCUGUGCAUCCCUCUACACGCUCUACCAAAAGGAACACCUAACUUUGUUAGUGCCUAUCUUCUGGAUGUGAUACUGCGGAUUCUGCUGGAGGCAGCGUUCAGUGCCGGCCAGUACUACCUCUAUGGCUUCUCUGUCCCCAGGAGCUUCCAGUGUUAUGAAUCCCCCUGUACGUCCAUGGUGGAGUGCUAUGUAUCCAGCCCCACAGAGAAGACCAUCAUGCUCAACUUCAUGCUGGGGGCUGCCUCCCUGUCUCUGCUACUGAACUUGGCAGAUAUUGUGUGCUCUGUGCAAUGGAUGGUGACACAGAGGACCAGGAGAAAGGGCAGACGGUUGAUGAAUGGUGGGGUUGGGGAGGACAUGGAAGUCCUGUACAACCAGAACCACAACACCCCCAAAACUGUCCUCAAGAGAGGACAAAGUCACAUUGACAAACCAACCUCGAACUGUAACCCAAACGGUGACCUUUCACACAGAAGAGUCAGAAUAAAUGAUGAGACUCACGUUAGGGUGGCUGCCCAACCACUGCAGGGGAGCAGGCUGCCGCAGAGGGAUGCAAAGAUUGAACCGCCAUUUCACCCCAUUCCUAUGGGGGCUCCAUGGAGCGGGUGCUUCGUUCAUCCCAACCACAUCUCCCAUUCAUAUUCCGUCCCUCUCUCCCGGCGGUUAGAGAGAGACCCAGUAGUAGUGUCACGCCAAUUUACACCCUCACCAAUGUACAGUGGUCGGAGGCAUGGCCAGUCCACCACGGUAGACGCAACACUCCUGGAGCAGCAUUAUGAUAGCGCAGAAUCCCGUGAUAGGCUCCUGGACGACGUCAACCUGCAGGAAGUAAGGGGCUCCUCAAGCUCUUCCAGUGAUUCCUCUUCCUCAUCAGAUGCUCAGUAAAGUAGAUUGUUUUAUUUAGACCUAUGUAAUUCUAUGCAAGGCAGCAACACAACAGUGGGAGAGCUGUCUUUUUUAGUUCAACAACUCUGAUGAUUUACUCUUUACAUACACUUAAAUUCAUUUUUCCCCAAAUUGUAAUAAUAGGCUACAUUGCAUUUUGCUGUUGUGACUUCACACUUUCAGCUCUACAAACAGAAUGUGUUCACUGUAUGUGUUAGCUAACAGAAUUAGAAUGGGUGAUCCAAUUAAUGCCAGUUAGUUGACCUUCAAGAGCAAUGAUGGCCGCACUCCGCUGUUGUUCAGCUCACACGGUCUUUCAUUGGGUUCCCAAACAACAGUCAGACAAGACUGACAUGCCCCGACUCAUCAGAAGCUAAGACCACUUGGAGAACUGAGGGUAACAAAGGAACAUUAUUCCUCUACCAGGGUGGCAGGUAGCCUAGCGGUUAAAAGCGUUGGGCCAGUAACCGAAGGUCGAAUCCCUGAGCCGACUAGGUGAAGAAUCUGUUGAUGUGCCCUUGAGCAAGGCACUUAACCCAAAUUGCUCCUGUAUGUCACUCUGAAUAACAGUGUCUGCUAAAUUAAUAAAUUGUAAAUGUCAGGAGAGGCUUUACAGGAGGCCAGUGAUGGAAAAGUUGAGGUGAAUGCAAGCCCACCUACUGUCAACAAUGCUGUGGAUGUUAGCUCAAGUGUAAAUUACAUUUAAAAGUCAAACACAAUGCGCUGCUCUACAACGUGCCUUGGAAUGAAUCCUGGCCAAAGCCUUCAUGUGGGUUUGAGUGUAGGGGAGAGUCAUUUGUUACAUUCAGCAUCACUCUGUCAAGGGAAAUAUAGUUUUCUUUCUAACAAAGAUAUUUACAUAUAUUUCAGUAUGUUGUGUAUCCCUGGAAAUAAUUUUAAAAAACAGUUUUGAAAACAUACACUAUAUAUACAAAAGUAUGUGGACCCCUUCAAAUUAGUGGAUUUGGCUAUUUCAGCCACACCAUUGCUGACAGCUGUAUAAAAUCAAGCGCGGUCAUGCAAUCUCUAUAUACAAACAUUGGCAGUAGAUUGGCUGAAGUGCUCAGUGACUUUCAACAUGGCACCGUCAUAGGAUUGACAUUUUAGUCAUUUAGCAGAUGCUCUUUUCCAGGGCAACUUACAGUAGUGAGUGCAUACAUUUUCAUACUUUCCCCCGUGGGAAUCAAACCCAUAACCCUGGCAUUGAAAUCGCCAUGCUCUACCAACUAAGCUACAUAGGAUGCUAUCUUUUCAACAAGUCAGGUCGUCAAAUUUCUGCCCUGCUAGAGCUACGCCAGUCAACAGUAAGUGCUGUUAUUGUGAAUUGGAAACGUCUAGGAGCAAAAACGGCUCAGCCGCGAAGUGGUAGGCCACAUAAGCUCACAGGAUGGGACCGCAGAGUGCAGAAGCGCGUAGCGGGUAAAAAUCGUCUGUCCUCGGUUGCAACAAUCAUUAAUGAGUGCCAAACUGCCUCUGGAAGCAACAUCAGCACAAGAACUGUUCGUUGAGAGCUUCAUGAAAUGGGUUUCCAUGGCCGAGAAGCCGCACACAAGCCUAAGAUCACCAUGGGCAAUGCCAAGCAUCGGCUGGAGUGGUAUAAAGAAUGUUCACAUACUUUUGUAGUGUAUCUUGUCCAAAGAAAGUGGUCUCUUGGAACAACUUACCCCGGGUAAGUGGGUGAUGAUGCUGGUAGGUCAAAGGUUAAUUAAAGGAACGGGGUGUUGGUAUAUGCAACUUAAAUGUAUGCCUACAUUCAGAUUGUCUGGGACAGGGAUGUUGUUUCAUUGUUCAAUUCAUAGACAAGUUCUCUGCAUUUAUAUAAUUCCUUUUUUAAAGUAAUUGUAUAAACUAUUAAACAUUUAAGUA